AUGGACUUUCGGCAUAAGGCAGUUUGUCCGCCGCCUCCUCCAAGGAGGGACUCCUGGGGCAUGCCCGAGCCGGUCGGCUACAACAACGAGGUCGCUUCGCCGUAUUUUCCACCGAGUGCCCCUCCACCUCCGCCACCUCGAGGAGGUGACUUUGGUCUGCCUGACUUCUCACAGGGCACCCGUGGGCUAGGGGACUUCCUGCACAACCGUGUUCAUGAGGCAGAGACGCGGGUGACUCGCUAUUCUCAGCAGCCUGCCGUCCAUGAAGCGACAUUCUCGCCCACGGACAGACUGCAGAAGCCCAGACUUGGUGCCAGUGCUGGUGCUGCUUCCGGCGGUGGUGCUGCUGGUGGUAUCGUCGCAGAGCUGACCGGCGAUGGCCGCUUCUCCUCGGGACAUCAAUUGAACGCAGGAGCACCUGCAUUUCACCCGCGGCAGCACCAACCACCGCAGCAGACCUUCGAGUUUGAGGGUGUCGCGAAUCCAGAUGACGAUGAUUGGGUGAAAAAUCCGGACAUUCGAAGCUACUGGACAGCUCCUGAUGCCAAGCAGGGCAGCUCCGUUAGACAGGUCCCCAUUCCUACUGCUUCAUCCGGUCGUUAUGCCGGCAUCGCAGCAGAGCUGACGAGUGAUGGCCGACUUGAUCCAGAGCCGUGGCAAGGCAACAACUACCCCUCCAGUGUCCCUGUCGGGAAGGGCUUUCCAAAACCGGGAACGCCUGGCAACGACUGGCGGCGCGAAUGGCGCGGAGAAGAACCGAGACUGAAGAGUGCCGAGGAGCACUGGAACACGAGGUCCCUCAAUGGCUCGAGCAAAGGCAAGGGCAAGGGGAAGAAGGGCAAAGAUCUCUGUGCCUGGCUUCUUGCUUUGAAACACACUGACAUCUGCUCUGAUUCGUGCACAAUGGCCGUGAAGAACUUGGAUGAGGUAGUGGAUCUGCUGGGCGAGAAUGCCGAGGUGAGCGUUGUGGGUCGAACUGCCUUCAUGGUGGCGGCUGAGAGGGCCAUUGAGACAGACCGUGAAAAGGAUGCCUUGUUCGUCGAUCCCUUUGCCAAAGUACUUGCAGGGAAAGACGGCCACGAGAUGUCCGACAAGCUUGGCGAAGCUGCGGCACAGUUCGGCUUUGAGGGUUGGCCGGAGUUUCACAAGGUGUGGACAGUGGUCAGAACGAAGUUUAUCGACGACAUCAUCGGUAGUCUCACGGAUCAGAAGCAGAUGGUGAACCUGGGUGCUGGAGUCGACACCCGACCCUAUCGUCUCGAAGGCUACUCUAAGCUGAAGGCCUCGUACGAGGUCGAUACGCCCGAGGUGAAUGCAGUGAAGACCGCGGUGUUCGAGCGACUCGGGGCGAUGCCUUUCUGCCCAGUCGUCACAGUCUCUGCAGACUUCCGUGUCGCAGGGGAGUUGUCUGGAAACCUCGCGCGGUCGGGCUUCGACGACCAGGUGGCGUCCGUCUUCCUUAUCGAGGGGGUUCUCGACUUUCUGGAGGAUGCCGCGACGCCUUUCUUGUGUGAGGUGUCCAAGAUGGCUGCGCCGGGGUCCUUGGCUGUGAUCAACUAUGCCAUCGGACCGCCAAGGCCGGGCACCUUCACUGCUGCGCAACUCCGGGAGCUCUUGGAGACCAGCGGUUGGAAGGAUCUUGAACUUCACGUGUUCGGAGACGCACGUCUGAACUUUGGCCGCUACAAAGAAGGCCUCAUGCCCAACGAGCAAUGGGCUUUUGCGACAUGUGUAAAGGGCAGCGCGUAG